GCGGGGGCAUUGGGGACGCAGGGAAGGGAGAGCACUGGGGUGGGGGAGCAGGAGAAAGCCAGAUUCCCAGGGAAGCCAUGGAGCCAUCCUCACCCCAGGAUGAAGGCCUGAGGAAGAAACAGCCCAAGAAGCCGGUUCCUGAGAUUCUGCCAAGGCCACCCCGGGCCUUGUUCUGCCUGACCCUGGAGAACCCCCUUAGGAAGGCCUGCAUCAACAUCGUAGAAUGGAAGCCCUUCGAGACGAUCAUCUUGCUCACCAUCUUUGCCAAUUGUGUGGCCCUGGCCAUGUACCUGCCCAUGCCGGAAGAUGACAACAACUCUCUGAACCUCGGCCUGGAGAAGCUGGAGUAUUUCUUCCUCAUUGUCUUCUCGAUUGAAGCCGCCAUGAAGAUCAUUGCCUACGGCUUCUUAUUCCACCAGGACGCUUACCUGCGCAGUGGCUGGAAUGUGCUGGACUUCACCAUUGUCUUCCUGGGGGUCUUCACCGUGAUUCUGGAACAGGUUAACGUCAUCCAAAGCCACACAGCCCCAAUGAGCAGCAAAGGAGCCGGCUUGGAUGUCAAGGCCCUCAGAGCCUUCCGAGUGCUCAGACCCCUCCGGCUGGUGUCGGGGGUGCCUAGCCUGCAGGUGGUCCUGAACUCCAUCUUCAAGGCCAUGCUCCCCCUCUUCCACAUCGCCCUGCUUGUCCUCUUUAUGGUCAUCAUCUAUGCCAUCAUCGGGCUGGAGCUCUUCAAGGGCAAGAUGCACAAGACCUGCUACUUCACUGGCACAGAUAUCGUGGCCACGGUGGAGAAUGAGGAGCCAUCACCCUGUGCCAGGACAGGCUCAGGGCGCCGGUGCACCAUCAACGGCAGUGAGUGCCGGGGCGGCUGGCCAGGGCCCAACCAUGGCAUCACCCACUUCGAUAACUUCGGCUUCUCCAUGCUCACCGUGUACCAGUGCAUUACCAUGGAGGGAUGGACUGACGUCCUUUACUGGGUCAAUGAUGCCAUUGGGAAUGAGUGGCCCUGGAUCUAUUUUGUCACCCUCAUUCUGCUGGGAUCCUUCUUCAUCCUCAACCUGGUGCUGGGUGUCCUGAGUGGGGAAUUCACCAAGGAGCGGGAGAAGGCCAAGUCCAGGGGAACCUUCCAGAAGCUCCGGGAGAAGCAGCAGCUAGAUGAGGACCUUCGGGGCUACAUGAGCUGGAUCACGCAGGGCGAAGUCAUGGACGUUGAGGACUUCAGAGAAGGAAAACUGUCUUUGGAUGAAGGUGGCUCUGACACAGAGAGCCUGUAUGAAAUUGCAGGCUUGAACAAAAUCAUCCAGUUCAUCCGACAUUGGAGGCAGUGGAACCGCAUCUUUCGCUGGAAGUGCCAUGACAUCGUGAAGUCCAAGGUCUUCUAUUGGCUGGUGAUUCUCAUCGUUGCCCUCAACACCCUGUCUAUCGCCUCAGAGCACCACAAUCAGCCUCUCUGGCUGACCCGUUUGCAAGACAUUGCCAACCGGGUGCUGCUGUCCCUCUUCACCGUCGAGAUGCUGAUGAAGAUGUACGGGCUGGGCCUGCGCCAGUACUUCAUGUCUAUCUUCAACCGCUUCGACUGCUUCGUGGUGUGCAGCGGUAUCCUGGAGAUCCUGCUGGUGGAGUCGGGCGCCAUGACGCCCCUGGGCAUCUCCGUGCUCCGCUGCAUCCGCCUCCUGAGGAUCUUCAAGAUCACCAAAUAUUGGACGUCGCUGAGCAACCUGGUGGCAUCCCUGCUCAACUCCAUCCGCUCCAUCGCCUCCCUGCUGCUGCUGCUCUUCCUCUUCAUCGUCAUCUUUGCCCUCCUGGGCAUGCAGCUCUUUGGGGGGAGGUAUGACUUUGAAGACACAGAAGUACGGCGCAGCAACUUCGACAACUUUCCCCAAGCCCUCAUCAGCGUCUUCCAGGUCCUGACAGGUGAAGACUGGACCUCAAUGAUGUACAAUGGGAUCAUGGCCUACGGCGGGCCGUCCUACCCUGGCAUGCUUGUGUGCAUUUACUUCAUCAUCCUUUUCGUCUGUGGCAACUACAUCCUGCUCAAUGUCUUCCUGGCCAUUGCUGUGGACAACCUGGCCGAGGCGGAGAGCCUGACUUCUGCCCAGAAGGCCAAGGCUGAGGAGAAAAAACGCAGGAAGAUGUCAAAGGGUCUCCCAGACAAGUCAGAGGAGGAGAAGUCCACGAUGGCCAAGAAGCUGGAGCAGAAACCCAAGGGUGAGGGCAUCCCCACCACUGCCAAGCUGAAAAUCGAUGAGUUUGAAUCUAAUGUCAAUGAGGUGAAGGAUCCCUACCCCUCAGCCGACUUCCCAGGGGAUGACGAGGAAGAUGAGCCUGAGAUCCCGCUGAGCCCCCGACCACGUCCCCUGGCUGAGCUGCAGCUGAAAGAGAAGGCCGUGCCCAUUCCAGAAGCCAGCUCCUUCUUCAUCUUCAGCCCCACCAAUAAGAUCCGUGUCCUGUGUCACCGCAUCGUCAAUGCCACCUGGUUCACCAACUUCAUCCUGCUCUUCAUCCUGCUCAGCAGCGCUGCACUGGCUGCGGAAGACCCCAUCCGGGCUGAUUCCAUGAGAAAUCAGAUCCUUAAACACUUUGACAUCGGGUUCACCUCUGUCUUCACUGUGGAGAUUGUCCUCAAGAUGACGACCUACGGAGCCUUCCUGCACAAGGGUUCCUUCUGCCGCAAUUACUUCAACAUGCUGGACCUGCUGGUGGUGGCCGUGUCCCUCAUCUCCAUGGGACUUGAGUCCAGUGCCAUCUCCGUGGUGAAGAUCCUGAGGGUGCUGAGGGUGCUCCGACCACUCAGAGCCAUCAACAGAGCCAAGGGGUUGAAGCACGUGGUGCAGUGCAUGUUCGUGGCCAUCAGCACCAUCGGGAACAUCGUGCUGGUCACUACCCUCCUACAGUUCAUGUUUGCCUGCAUCGGCGUCCAGCUCUUCAAGGGGAAGUUCUUCAGGUGCACCGACUUGUCCAAGAUGACAGAGGAGGAGUGCAGGGGCUACUACUACGUGUACAAGGACGGGGACCCCACGCAGAUAGAGCUGCAUCACCGCGAGUGGGUACACAGCGACUUCCACUUCGACAAUGUGCUCUCAGCCAUGAUGUCCCUCUUCACGGUCUCCACCUUCGAGGGAUGGCCUCAGCUGCUGUACAAGGCCAUAGACUCCAAUGAGGAGGACGUGGGUCCCAUCUACAACAACCGUGUGGAGAUGGCCAUCUUCUUCAUCAUCUACAUCAUCCUCAUUGCCUUCUUCAUGAUGAACAUCUUUGUGGGCUUCGUCAUUGUCACCUUCCAGGAGCAGGGAGAGACUGAGUACAAGAACUGUGAGCUGGACAAGAACCAGCGCCAAUGUGUACAGUAUGCCCUGAAGGCCCGCCCACUGAGGUGCUACAUUCCCAAAAACCCAUACCAGUACCAGGUGUGGUACAUUGUCACCUCCUCCUACUUUGAAUACCUGAUGUUUGCCCUCAUCAUGCUCAACACCAUCUGCCUCGGCAUGCAGCACUACAACCAGUCAGAGCAGAUGAACCACAUCUCAGACAUCCUCAAUGUGGCCUUCACUAUCAUCUUCACCCUGGAGAUGAUCCUCAAGCUCAUGGCCUUCAAGGCCAGGGGCUACUUUGGAGACCCCUGGAAUGUGUUUGACUUCCUGAUUGUCAUUGGCAGCAUCAUUGAUGUCAUCCUCAGCGAGAUUGACGACCCAGAUGAGAGUGCCCGCAUCUCCAGCGCCUUCUUCCGCCUGUUCCGUGUCAUGAGGCUGAUCAAGCUGCUGAGCCGGGCAGAGGGAGUGCGAACCCUCCUGUGGACGUUCAUCAAGUCCUUCCAGGCCCUACCCUACGUGGCUCUGCUCAUCGUCAUGCUCUUCUUCAUCUACGCUGUCAUCGGCAUGCAGAUGUUUGGGAAGAUCGCCUUGGUGGAUGGGACCCAAAUAAACCGGAACAACAACUUCCAGACCUUCCCACAAGCUGUGCUACUGCUCUUCAGGUGUGCAACAGGUGAGGCCUGGCAGGAGAUCCUACUGGCCUGCAGCUAUGGGAAGCUGUGUGACCCAGAGUCGGACUAUGCCCCAGGGGAGGAGUACACAUGUGGCACCAACUUUGCAUACUACUACUUCAUCAGCUUCUACAUGCUCUGCGCCUUCCUGGUCAUCAACCUCUUUGUGGCUGUCAUCAUGGACAAUUUUGACUACCUCACCCGGGACUGGUCCAUCCUGGGCCCUCAUCACCUGGAUGAGUUCAAGGCCAUCUGGGCAGAGUAUGACCCAGAGGCUAAGGGGAGAAUCAAACAUCUGGACGUGGUGACCCUGCUGAGAAGGAUUCAGCCCCCUCUGGGCUUUGGGAAGUUCUGCCCACAUCGGGUAGCUUGUAAGCGGCUGGUGGGCAUGAACAUGCCCCUGAACAGCGACGGCACAGUCACCUUCAAUGCCACACUCUUCGCCCUGGUCCGCACGGCACUCAAGAUCAAGACAGAAGGUAACUUUGAGCAGGCCAACGAGGAGCUGAGGGCCAUCAUCAAGAAGAUCUGGAAGAGAACCAGCAUGAAGCUCUUGGACCAGGUCAUCCCUCCAAUAGGAGAUGAUGAGGUGACAGUGGGGAAGUUCUACGCCACAUUCCUCAUCCAGGAGCACUUCCGGAAGUUCAUGAAACGCCAAGAGGAGUAUUAUGGCUAUCGGCCUAAGAAGGACAUUGUACAGAUCCAGGCAGGGCUGCGGACCAUUGAGGAAGAGGCAGCCCCCGAGAUCCGUCGCACGGUCUCAGGAGACCUGGCUGCUGAGGAGGAGCUGGAGAGAGCCAUGGUGGAGGCUGCGAUGGAGGAGGGAAUAUUCCGGAGGACUGGAGGCCUGUUUGGCCAGGUGGACAACUUCCUGGAAAGGACCAACUCCCUGCCCCCCGUCAUGGCCAGUCAGAGACCCCUCCAGGUUGCUGAGAUAGAGAUGGAAGAGAUGGAGUCACCUGUCUUCUUGGAGGACUUCCCACAAGAUCCACGCACCAACCCCCUGGCUCGUGCCAAUACCAACAAUGCCAACGCCAAUGUCGCCUAUGGCAACAGCAACCAUAGCAACAGCCAUGUGUUUUCCAGUGUCCACUAUGAAAGGGAGUUCCCAGAAGAGACAGAGACACCUGCUACCAGAGGACGAGCCCUUGGCCAACCCUGCAGGGUCCUGGGACCCCACAGCAAACCCUGUGUGGAGAUGCUGAAGGGACUGCUGACCCAGAGGGCAAUGCCCAGAGGCCAGGCACCUCCUGCCCCCUGCCAGUGCCCCAGGGUGGAGUCCCCCAUGCCUGAGGACAGAAAGAGCUCCACACCAGGGUCUCUGCAUGAGGAGACACCCCACAGCAGGAGCACCGGGGAGAACACUUCCAGGUGCUCAGCACCAGCUACAGCCCUGCUGAUCCAAGAGGCUCUGGUUCGAGGGGGCCUGGGCACCUUGGCGGCUGAUGCAAACUUCAUCACGGCAACAGGCCAGGCCCUGGCAGAUGCCUGCCAAAUGGAACCAGAGGAAGUGGAGAUCAUGGCAACAGAGCUACUGAAAGGACGAGAGGCCCCAGAGGGCAUGGCCAGCUCCCUGGGAUGCCUGAACCUCGGGUCUUCCCUGGGCAGCCUCGACCAACACCAGGGCUCCCAGGAGACCCUUAUUCCUCCAAGGCUGUGAUGCCCACACAGCAUCAGCAUGGGCUUAGAGCUGGCAUGACCAAUGGGGGUGGGGAAGUUGCUGGGGUGGAGAAGGGCUAGCCCACCGCAGCAGCCUCCCUCCGUCUCAGCAGCUAGAUGCAUGGCCUGAGGCAGGGUGGUCAGGAACCACCUCAAAAAGUGCGGAGGAAGUAGCUGGACAGGCCCUGCCCCUCACCAGCAAGAGGCAUGAUUGGAUGGAGCUUCUAAUGUCAUUCAAAAAGGCCUGGUCAGUGCCUGUCUGGCCUAGGGCCACUCCCACCUGCAGGACAUUAAAAUCUCCAGGCCUGUGACACUGGC